CUCAAAAUGAUCCUGAGUCAACAGCAAGCACAGCAGCAGACGCAGAAACAGCUGGCCGACCUCAUAAAGUCUCUGUCAGCCGGCAACACCUCCAGUACCGCAUCCAGCCCCAGCAUCGACGUCUACGGACUUCUGAUGAACGAAAUCGAGCCGUACAACUACGACGCUGAAGGGACAUCGACCUUUGACGAUUGGUUCAAGCGGCAUGGCGUGACGCUCAACGAACGUGGCAAAACGCUGACCGACGAAGCCAAACGCAACCUCAUCGUCAACAAGCUGGACAAAAAAGCCUACGACGUCUUCUGCAAGAACAUCCUGCCGAAGGACUUCUCAACCUUGACGCUCAACGAGACCAUCGACACUCUCAAGAAGCUGUUUGGACCACGAAAGUCGCUGUGCAAACGACGAUUCGAGUUCUACCAAAAGACAGCUCCUCCUCUAUCUUCAUCUGCCUUUCCGUUCCGGGACCUCUCCAACGACGUGAAGCAGCACUACGCUGAAGCAGAAAUGAAGAACAUCGACGAGGACACAGCUCAGUGCAUCGCCUUCGUUUCCGCUCUUUCGGAUGCGUCGUACACCGAGAUUCGCCUACGUCUUCUCAACAAGAUGAACGACGUCAACGCCAAGCUCAAGCUCGACGACAUCAGUGAAGAAUGCGACAACUGGGCCAGAAUUCGAGCUGAGAAUCGAUCGAUGGACACGUUAGACAUCAAGGCCAUCUCCUACAAGAAGAAGACGGGUCAACAGCCGAAGUACCAGCAGCAGCAGUACCAAUCGCGGAACCAGCAGCAGUACCAGAAGCAAAUCCCGUCGCAGCAAGACAACUCGCUUCAUUCCUCCCGCAAUCGCUCGAGACAUGGGUCACGAUUCCGAAGACGCUCGACCACGCCUUCUGAACAACAACCUCGACGAUUUGCACGACGAGUCGCUUUCUCUGACAUCGAAGACGCUCGAACGUACCUCAAAGUGGACAUCGACGGCUUCUGCACAGAACUUCAAGUCGACACCGGCGCCGACAUCACGAUGAUCUCGCGCCAAACCUGGAACAGCAUCGGAUCUCCAGCCCUGGAACCUACGCCGCUCACGAUCAAAACGGCCGACGGCUCGCCAAUGAC